AUGAGCCAGGUUGAAGGAUUAGAGAUAAGAGAAAGCAAAGCGACCUAUGAACCCUACUCGUGCGCUAGAUGCCGAAAGUUGAAGAAACGGUGCUCCAAAGAAUCGCCCAUUUGCGUAAACUGUGUGAAGGCUGGCGAAUCGUGCACAUAUCCAGGAAGAGCUCCGAGAAGAAGUAAGCGGGAACUGGAGUUGGAGCGACGAGAAUCAAGUUUGGGCUCAAACAGUGAUCAGAAGUUCAAACGCAGUCAUAGUUGCGAUUCUCAGCCGCUGAACGCUUUGCAAGACGAUCACCAUCAUGUUACAAGCUAUAAUUUUCGAGAACAGAACGAAAGUGACUGUGAUCGUGAAAGUGGGAACUCCUCAGAGUCCACAUCCAUGCUAAGUAUGAUUCCGAGUACCAAUGAGCCUUUUGCGGCUGCAGUGAAUCAAAGUGCCCAAGUUGAGCACGUUAAGUAUCCACAAGGUGGUCUUUUAUUGCAUGAAAUUCACAAGCAAGAGUCGGUUCCUAUCAGGGCGUCGUCCUUACAGAUCGAGAACGUUGCCGCGGUGUUUAAAGGUGGAAGACACACUAGUAUGCUCGACCCAGACGGCAAAUGCAAGCACGUUGAAAGACCUCUAUACGACAAGUUUAUUGCUGCGUAUUUCAAGCAUAAUCAUAGAUCAUACCCGCUUUUGAACAAGAUUGAAUUUUUGAAUAAAGUUUCCACUAUCCGUGAUUUCAAAGAAAUGGAAGGAAAAUACGAAAAUACAUUUAUAUUUGAGCUAUACAUGGUAAUGGCUAUUGGAUGCACCACCUUGCAAAGAGCUGGUAUCUUAAGCAAAUUUGAAGAAGAUUGGAGUGAACAUUUUGCUUAUCUCGCCAUGAUGAAAUUCUGCCCUGUAAUGCACUUGCAAAAUGUCGAGACUAUAAAGUGCCUAUUAUUGCUUGGAAUUUAUUCGUUUUUCGAGCCGCAAGGUGUCUCUUCUUGGACCAUAAGUGGGAUAGUCAUGAGAUUGACCAUUGGUCUAGGAUUACACAGAGCUCUAACAACUAGAAAAAUUCAAUCAAUGUCUCUUACCGACGUUGAGAUGAGAUACCGCGCAUUUUGGAGCUUUUACAGCUUUGAAAGGUUGGUGUCCACCUCAUUAGGGAGAAUCUCUGCGAUAGAUGAUGACAAUAUUAGUGUCCCGCUGCCACAUGCCUUAUACGCCGAAGAAAGCGAAGACAUUGAAGUUACUAAGAUGAUGAUAUCUCUACGAAAAAUGGGCGGAAUAAUAUACAAAGAAGUUCACAGCGUGGGUGCUGGCAAGCGAAAUUUGUCAGCCGACGCCAAACAAGAAGUUAUUGAUAGCUUGAGACGUCAGAUCGAUGCUUUAUAUGAACAGGAGAGAGACAAAAUCCGAGAGGCCAACUUAAUUACACUACCCAAUAAAACGAAUUCUUGUAUCUCCUUCCACACGUCUGAUAUUUGGUUGGCCAUGCGAUAUGCGCAACUACAGAUUAUGCUGUAUCGACCCUCUGCUUUGAUACCCAAACCUUCUAUGGAAUCGCUAUCGAUCUUGGGAGAUUUUUGUCUACGCGCCUUAAAGCACACCUAUACAUUGUACAAAAAAAAGCUGCAGCCGCUCAAUUGGAUCACAUUGUUCAGAACUCUUACAAUUUGCAACACCAUGUUGUACUGCUUGUGCCAAUGGAGUAUUGAUCUUAUCGAAUGCAAAAUCGAAAUUCAGCAGUGUGUCGAGAUUUUACAACAUUUUGGCGAGAAGUGGGUUUUCGCCGCGAAGUGUGCUGAUGUUUUUCAGACUAUCAGCAAUGCUAUCUUAGAUAUAAGUUUGAGUAAUGGUCAAGUUCCAAACAUGGAUAACCUUACAAGGGAAUUGUUUGGUGCUAGCAACGAAUACCAGGAUAUCCUGGACGAGAAUAAUGUUGACAUCUCGUGGGGAGACAGUCUUGUAUAA